AAACCAGAAGUAAGUCCAGGCAAUUAUAGGUAGGCUGGUUAUAGAAACUACAAUCAACAGAGCCUCCAACCUUCUAUUUCUUGGUGCUCUAUUCUUCAAAGAUGUAGAAGGACUGCUGUAAUGCUGAGAAGUACGAGCCAUGUGUAACCUGGGGGUGACCCGCUCAGGGGUGCUGCUGCUUUUCAUCACAGUCACUCAAUCAGCCCUCAAACCAGCAAUGCCUCCCGUGAUCAAAGACCAGCCUUUCAACAUUUUCUGGGCAGCUUCGACAGUUUAUUGUAAGGAUUUCUUCAAGGUGAAUCUGAACCUUCAAUCAUUUAACAUUAUAUCAAAUCCUUUAGAGACUCACAGUGGAUCAACAAUUGCCAUAUUCUAUCCAAAUGAAUUGGGAUAUUAUCCUUUUUUCUCCCAAGAUGGAAAAUCCUUUAAUGGAGGAAUACCGCAGAAUAUGAGCCUUUCUAAACACGUUAAGAAAACGGCUGAAGAUAUUGCCAAAGCUGUCUCUUGGUGGCAGUCGGAAGGACUUGUUAUUAUUGACUGGGAAGGUUGGAAGCCCCAGUGGGAGAGGAACUGGGGCAGCAGAAUAAUAUAUAAAAAGCACUCCUUAGCCUUCACGAGACAGCAUCACCCUGAGUGGCCAGAAGCCAAAGUGAAAACAGUCGCCCAACAGGAAUUCGAAAAGGCUGGAAGGAGUUUUAUGAAUGUCACGCUCACAUUGGCUUUAGAAAUGAGACCAAAACAUUUAUGGGGCUUUUAUCUCUAUCCAGAUUGCUACAAUUAUGAUUACAGGAUAAACCCAGAGUUCUAUACAGGUAAUUGCCCAAAUGAUGAGAUUUUCCGCAAUGACCAGCUCCUUUGGCUGUGGAACAAAAGCACAGCACUUUUUCCUUCAAUAUAUUUGGAUAAAAUACUAAAGUCAAGUUUAAAUGCAUUGAAAUUUGUUCAUUAUCGAAUUAGAGAAGCUAUGAGAAUUGCUGAAAUGGCUAGACAAGAUUAUGCUUUGCCAGUUUUUAUUUUUUCCAGACCAUUUUAUUUGAAAAGUAUUGAAGUUCUGUCAGAGGAGGACUUAGUGCACACCAUUGGUGAAAGUGCUGCAUUGGGGGCAGCAGGAAUAAUAUUGUGGGGAGGAAAUGAAUAUUCUGGUUCAAAGGAGACCUGCUUAUCUGUGCAACAAUCUAUUCAAGGGCCACUGGGACACUAUGCUGUUAAUGUAACAUCUGCAGCCAAGCUCUGCAGUCAAAGUCUAUGCAACAGUCAUGGAAGAUGUGUUCGAAAAACACCUGAAUCCUCCUCUUAUCUGCAUAUGCCUGAAAGCAGCAGAAAGAAAUAUGUUCCACAAAAGAGCUUCAGAUUUGUCAUUUCUGAAAAGAGCAAACUGCAGACAAUAAUGGACAUGAAGAAUAGAUUUGUGUGUCACUGCUAUUACAGCUGGGGUGGAGAGUCUUGCCAUCUUCCCUCCUCAGAUUUCUUGAGUUGGAAGAACAAGGCUCCUGAUGCUAACUUUAACUUCCCAGUUUUUCUUGGCAUGAACUUAUCUGUGCUUCUGAUGAAAUUUCUUUCCUCCCUACUACAAUGUCAAAAUUUUUUCUUUCAAUAGUAAAGAGUAGAAAAUGUUGAC